AGAGCGCGUUGUCUUCAAAGAAAGCGGGCCAAGUGAGCAGACAAAGGAGAGCUUUUAAAGCCACCGCAGGUAACGCGUUCGAAAGUCAAACACUCUUCACCUUAAUACGCUCUUGUCUUCCCCUUCUCUUCCAAUCUUCUCUCUGAAAACAUCCGACGAAAGCACACCAUGACUGGCAGAGAAAUCCUCCACAAGAUGAAAUUCUUGAAUGCACUUUAGCUUGUGAGCUUUUUUAGCUUAUGAUGGCAGUGUUUGAAUGAAUGUUUUGAUGUGCAUCAGUAGUACAAUAAGGCAUGGAUCUAAGUUGAAGGCUUUUGGUUCAUCUGACACUGGAAAAGGCAAAAGCAAAAUGUCAAAGCACAUCUCACAUGGCUUCCACAUGGUAAAGGGAAAAUCGAAUCAUGACAUGGAAGAUUAUGUAGUUUCUGAAUUCAGGCAACUUAGUGACAAGGAGUUGGGCUUAUUUGCAAUAUUUGAUGGCCAUUUAGGUCACGAUGUUGCAAGCUACUUGCAAGGCCACCUGUUUAACAAUAUCUUAAAACAGGAUGACUUCUGGACUGAAACAGAGAAUGCUUUGAGGAGAGCUUAUCGUCUGACAGAUGAUGAGAUAUUGGAGAAAGCAUUAGUAUUGGGAAGGGGAGGUUCAACUGCCGUAACUGCAAUACUGAUCAAUGGUGAAAAGCUGGUGGUAGCAAAUGUAGGAGACUCUCGGGCCGUUAUAUGUAAGAAUGGUGUAGCCAAACAACUCUCAGUUGAUCAUGAGCCAAGCAGGGAGAAAAGGUUGAUUGAGAGCCGUGGUGGUUUUGUGUCAAACCUUCCCGGGGACGUCCCUCGUGUCGACGGGCAGCUUGCUGUAGCAAGGGCAUUUGGUGAUAAAAGCUUAAAGUUACACCUUAGUUCAGAACCUGAUGUGACAAUUGAGAUGAUAAGUCAGGAUACAGAAUCCAUUAUUUUAGCAAGUGAUGGAAUAUGGAAGGUGUUGUCAAACGAAGAAGCGGUAAAUUGUAUUAAAAACAUUAAGGAUGCUCAGUCAGCAGCAAAGCACUUGAUAGAGGAGGCUGUUUCUAGGAAAAGUAAGGAUGACAUAUCCUGCAUAGUUGUGAAGUUCCAAUGAUAUAUAUUCUUUGCAUAAGCUGCCUCAUGGAUUUCUUUAAAUGGUGGUCCAAAACUGGGUCAUAUGUGUGUGUAUAUGAGACAUAUAUUUGUUUCUUUUAUUACCUGCAAAGAUUGUUGUUUUCUUCUAUAACAGUCAUAUGUACAAGUAAUCACUUACCAUUAUUAUUAUUAUUUAUUUCAUUAAAGCA